CCCUCGCGGCCCCACUUACUCUGCGGCCGGCACCCACACCGCCGGAGCCGGCAAGCUGGUGACUGCAGCUGCUGCGCGUCCUCGUCUUCCCGCGUCACUGCUGCCGCCAUGCCUGGAGGUCUCCUUCUUGGGGACGAGGCUCCCAACUUCGAGGCCAAUACUACCAUCGGCCGUAUCCGUUUCCACGACUAUCUGGGAGACUCAUGGGGCAUUCUCUUCUCGCACCCUCGGGAUUUCACCCCUGUGUGUACCACGGAGCUCGGCAGAGCCGCAAAGCUGGCACCCGAAUUUGCCAAGAAGAACGUGAAAAUGAUUGCCCUCUCAGUGGAUAGUGUUGAAGACCAUCUUGCCUGGAGCAAGGAUAUCAAUGCUUACAAUGGUCAGGAGCCCACAGAAAAAUUACCUUUCCCCAUCAUUGAUGAUAAGAAUCGGGACCUUGCCAUCCUGUUAGGCAUGCUGGACCCAGCAGAGAAGGACGAAAAGGGCAUGCCUGUGACAGCUCGUGUGGUAUUUAUCUUUGGUCCUGAUAAGAAGCUGAAGCUGUCUAUCCUCUACCCAGCAACCACUGGCAGGAACUUUGAUGAGAUUCUCAGGGUAAUUACCUCUCUCCAGCUGACAGCGGAAAAGAGGGUUGCCACCCCCGUUGAUUGGAAGGAUGGCGAUAGCGUGAUGGUUCUUCCAACCAUCCCUGAAGAUGAAGCCAAAAAAAUUUUCCCUAAAGGAGUCUUCACCAAAGAGCUCCCGUCUGGCAAGAAGUACCUCCGUUACACGCCCCAGCCGUAGUCCCCCAAGGAGGUGGUUAGCACAGUGAGCCAGGGGACGCCGGCUGCCAGUCAUGUUCUCCUGCACCUGUUCCAUAACAACAUCCUGGUGUGAUCACAGCCAAGGCCUUUAGGUUGCUAUACUACUGGCUUAUUAAACAAAAUGGCACUAAAAAUUUCUUGGGAUCCUUUCCUCUGUGCCUUCACCAGCAUUCUGUUCUGUUCCUGCACCGUAGCACUCUCUGCUGUCUCUGAAAUGUAGUCUGUAUGUGAGAUUCAAGUCUUGGAUGUCUACAGGCUGUGGGGUCGAUGAGGUAGUGUCAGUUGAUGGUGGAGAAAGUCUGUUCUGCUCCAUCAUAGAAUGUCAGGUUUUCAGCUGUUCCAAUCAAAUCCAGAACUUGACGUUCAGAUUCCCCUGUAGAUACGAGUAUAUAACCCAAAAACCUGUAGAGUAUCCAGAAAUUCUCCACUCUUCAGGGUUUUGAUCGCAGCGGGGGCAACAAACUUUUCAAUUCUAUACUUUUUCAGUAGAUAACUGAAGUGGGAUGAGCGGGGGAGGAAUCUUUAAAUAUUUUGCUAUAACGAAAAUUUUUCGAGAAAUUUCUAUUAAAAAAGAGAGGCUAUAGAAGAAGUUCCACUUGCCUGCCUGCCAGGGAGGUGGACCAGGAGGUGUGAGCGAUACGACAGUGCCAUGUGCCUUUCAUGCAAAGUAUUUCCAUAUGUCUGUCUGCUCUACACUGAUGGGCGCAAGAGCAUACCUUGGGAAGAAAGGAGGAAAUGAUUGAAAAUGUUUUGUUAUAGAACUAUUCUUGCCGUGAGGGGGUGGGGCUGUUUUCUGAGUUUUGCUUUUUGGGGAUCAGCAAAUAAAUUCUUUGUUAAAACUGGA